UAAAAACAAAAAGCAGAGAAAAAAGAAAAAAAAAAAAAGGGACUUCUCUCUCUCUCUCUCUCUCUCUAAAGCAUUGGUUUCUUCACCACCGUUCGCUGGGGUUAGAGAAGGGACAGUCGAGGGGAUCUUGGAAUCUGAUUGAAGAAGAGAGGGGGAAACAAGAAGAAGAAGGUAGAAGAGGAAGAGGAAGAGGAGAAUGGACUCGGUCCCUUCGAACUCACACGGAAACCUCGAUGAGCAGAUUAAUCAACUCAUGCAGUGCAAGCCCUUAUCUGAACAAGAGGUAAGAAGCUUAUGUGAGAAGGCAAAAGAGAUAUUGAUGGAAGAAAGCAACGUUCAGCCUGUGAAAAGCCCUGUUACAAUCUGCGGUGACAUACACGGGCAGUUUCAUGAUCUUGCAGAGCUUUUUCGUAUUGGAGGAAAGUGUCCAGAUACAAAUUAUUUAUUCAUGGGAGAUUAUGUUGACCGUGGCUAUUACUCAGUUGAAACCGUAACACUUUUGGUAGCAUUGAAAGUGCGUUAUCCACAGCGGAUUACUAUUCUUCGAGGAAACCAUGAAAGCCGUCAGAUUACUCAAGUUUAUGGGUUUUAUGAUGAAUGCCUAAGGAAGUAUGGCAAUGCUAAUGUUUGGAAGAUCUUUACAGAUCUGUUUGACUAUUUUCCAUUGACAGCGCUGGUUGAAUCAGAAAUAUUUUGUCUCCAUGGUGGACUCUCUCCAUCCAUUGAAACCCUUGAUAAUAUACGCAAUUUUGACCGAGUUCAGGAAGUUCCUCAUGAAGGCCCUAUGUGUGAUCUUUUGUGGUCGGAUCCAGAUGAUCGAUGUGGGUGGGGUAUCUCACCCAGGGGUGCUGGAUAUACCUUUGGCCAGGACAUCUCUGAGCAGUUCAACCAUACAAACAACUUGAAGCUGAUUGCUAGGGCUCACCAGCUUGUUAUGGAAGGUUACAACUGGGGUCAUGAGCAAAAGGUUGUGACUAUAUUUAGUGCACCUAACUACUGUUAUCGCUGUGGAAACAUGGCUUCGAUUCUGGAAGUAGAUGACUGCAAGGGCCACACAUUUAUUCAGGUCUCUGUCUUUAUUCUUGUAUCUGGCUUCCCCACCUUCACAUAAGCUAAUUCACAUUGC